AUGUCGGCAGAACAAUAUGGAGCUCGCCUCCUCGAAGAGGUCCACGAAGAGAGUCUCGAGCAGUUCCUAGCAGAGCUCAGAUGUACGGUCAAUCCUCGACCGAGGUCUGUUCUGGGUGUCUCACAGCUGGACAGCCUACUCGAAUCACUACGCUACCCAGCAACACAAGACACUCUCCAACGUCAAGGAGCAUGGCCUUCCUCACCGGCAGCGGCAUCUCCAGUCUUGGACGAGGAAGACCGGGGUGACGACGAGGUGUCCAACUCUCGCGGGCCACAGGAACGAACGCCCACAGUCAAACCCAAACCUGCAACGAUUGAACUCACAAGCGUGCGAUCCGCCUCGGGAAAGACGUCUCUGCUCUCCCAUCUCUGCGCCGUCUCGGUCCUCCCGAGGUCUCUGGGCGGCAAGGAAUCGACAGCCGUGUACGUCGACGCCGACGGGCGAUUUUCUGCCACAAGGGUGGCGCAGAUGAUGCAGCAUUACCUACAAACUCACCACCACCAACAAUCUAGCCAAGCUGCUGCCCCGGGUACUACCUUGACCGAUGCAAAUGUCCAACAACAAACUAUCAUCCGCUCCUCCCUCGACCACAUACACGUUUUCCGACCACAGUCUUCAGCCCAGAUGAUCUCCAUCCUCUCGUCUCUGGACACGUACCUCUUGGACAGCUCCAAACAUCACUCUAUGCAUCGGCCCUUGGGGCUGAUCGUGAUCGACUCGGCGACGGCGUUCUACUGGCAGGACCGAGGCGACCAGGCCAUGGCGAAGCUCGAGGCCCCCGCCACAGCAAACCCUGGAGGACCAUCGCGGGCCGCGGAGACGAUUACCCAUCUCAAGACCUUACAAGAGCGGUUCGACUGUGCCGUGCUCGUCAGCACCACCUCCCCAACCCCUCCUUCUUCUCACCAGUUUCCCUCCACCUCGACCCGCCCGCUGAACGAGCCGAGCACCACCUCCGUCCCGACCGCUCUAGCGCCCCUCGUCUCCCCCUGGACAUCCUACGCCACGCUCUCACUCUCCCUCGCAAGGCUGCCCGUCCCACAAUUCCCGGCCAAGAUGGGGCUAGACGAGUGUCUCAGGGACCGGGACAAGCGGCUCGAGGCCGUGCGGAAGGGGAGGUUCGUGGCGACUCUCCUCCCCAGCUCAGCAGCAGCAGCAAAUGUGUGUGCAGGGAAUGUGGGCAGCGAGAGUGGGAGAGGAGGCGGAAAGGGAGGCAGAAGCGCGUUCGGGUUCGGGAUUACCACUGCCGGGGUGGAAUUCGAGUGA